AAUCUUAUUUCUCCUAUUAAUUAUUUUAUUCCGUCUUAGCAACAUUCACCACACCAUCAUCUUAUUAUAACAUCUUCCUCUUCUUCUUCCAAAAGUUGUUUUUAACAUUUUAAUAUAAAAACCAUCAAAUGAUCUCCAAAAGUUGAUUAGCUCUCUCUUCGUUUCUGAAUACCAAACUUUUGUUUUGAGCUUUUAACCUAAACCCUAAUUUUCGUUUUCUUUUCUCUCAAGAUUAUCUUUGAAAAUAAUUAAGCCAUCGAUGCUUGAAGUUGGAGCGAUGGAAAUGACUCCUAAAUCUCCUGAACCCGAAUCCGAAACACCAACCCGGAUCCAACCAGCUAAACCGAUCUCCUUCAGCAACGGAAUCAUCAAACGCCACCACCACAUCCACCACCACACACUCACCGUCACCUACAAAGAAUGCCUCAAGAACCACGCUGCCGCGAUUGGAGGUCACGCGCUCGACGGUUGCGGCGAGUUCAUGCCGUCUCCUUCCUCCACGCCUUCCGAUCCAACUUCCCUCAAGUGUGCCGCCUGCGGUUGCCACCGUAACUUCCACCGCCGCGACCCCGAUGACUCCUCCCUCGCUUCCGCCGUGCCUCCACCGUCUCUCCCUCCAUCCUCCACCACCGCUGCAAUCGAGUACCAGCCUCACCACCGUCACCACCCGCCUCCACCGGCUCCUCCUCUCCCUCGCAGCCCUACUUCCUCCUCUCCGCCGCCUAUCUCCUCUUCUUACAUGCUCCUCGCUCUCUCCGGUAACAACAAACCCGGCGGAAACAGCUUACCGUUCUCAGAUCUCAACUUCGCCGCCAACAACCUCUCCACUCACCACCACCACCACAACCACAACCACCAUACUCCAGGCUCCCGGAAGCGGUUCAGGACUAAGUUCAGCCAAACUCAGAAAGACAAGAUGCACGAGUUCGCCGACCGUAUCGGCUGGAAGAUUCAGAAGCGCGACGAGGACGAGGUGCGCGACUUCUGCCGCGACGUCGGUGUUGAUAAAGGCGUGCUCAAGGUCUGGAUGCACAAUAACAAAAACACCUUCAACACCCGCCGCGACCAGCCGUUCUCCGGCGACACCACCGUCCAGAAGAUCGACAACGGCGUCGCUGUUUCUGGCGGCAAGAAUAUUAAUAAUAAUAAUAAUAAUAAUAAUAAUAACAACGCGGUGGAUGUUGGCGUUCACGGUGGAAACGGUUUAGAACACGACCUGCACGGCGGCGAUGGUGGGAGGUUUGAGAGUGAUAGCGGCGGAGCUGCCGCUAACGGGUCGUCGUCUACGUCGUGAAGAUGAGAAACUGUUGUUGUUUUGCAGGGAAAGAGCAAUAAAGAAGCUUAAGCUUUUGUUUAGCUUAGAUCAUAGAGUAAGCGCUGCUAUUAUCAUCGUUAAUACGUUUAUUAAUAUUAAUUAAACUCCUUUUUAGCUCUUUUUCUUCUUUUUUUUUUAUUAUUAGUUUGUUUUCCGACAUUACCAUGAACUUGUCUCAAGGAGGUAAUGAUAUAACACGUUCAGGAGUUCAUUUGAUCU